AUGUUUCUCUUUCCCUCUCUAUCUGACACUCUCUGUCUCUCAAUUUAUCAUAAAUUUGUCACAUUAAAAGCCAAAUUCAUCAACAAAGCCUCGCACAAUCUUUUAUCCAGCACAAUCUUGUAUCCAACAGACGACACAAUCUUGUAUCCAACAGACGACACAAUCUUCUAUCCAGCAGGCGACACAAUCUUGAAUCCAGUAAACGACCAAACCUUGUAUCCAACAGACGGCACAAUCUUGUAUCCAACAGACGGCACAAUCUUGUAUCCAACAGACGGCACCAUCUUGUAUCCAACAGACGGCACAAUCUUGUAUCCAACAGACGACACAAUCUUGUAUCCAACAGACGGCACAAUCUUGUAUCCAACAGACGGUACAAUCUUGUAUCAAGCCAACGGCACAAUCCUGUAUCCAGUAAACGACACAAUCGUGUAUCCAACAGACGACACAAUCUUGUAUCCAACAGACGACACAAUCUUGUAUCCAACAGACGACACAAUCUUGUAUCCAACAGACGACACAAUCUUGUAUCCAACAGACGACACAAUCUUGUAUCGAACAAACGACACAAUCUUGUAUCCAACAGACGACACAAUCCUGUAUCCAACAGACGACACAAUCCUGUAUCCAACAGACGACACAAUCUUGUAUCCAACAGACGACACAAUUUUGUAUCCAACAGACGACACAAUUUUGUAUCCAACAGACGACACAAUCAGGUAUCCAACAGACGACACAAUCCUGUAUCCAACAGAAGACACAAUCCUGUAUCCAACAGACGACACAAUCUUGUAUCCAACAGACGACACAAUCUUGUAUCCAACAGACGACACAAUCUUGUAUCCAACAGACGACACAAUCUUGUAUCCAACAAACGACACAAUCUUGUAUACAACAGACGACACAAUCGUGUAUCCAACAGACGACACAAUCAUACGACACAAUCUUGUAUCCAACAUGACACAACGAUCCACGCACAACCUUGUAUUCCGACGGAUCCUGUAUCCACACACAAUCUUAUAUCCAACACGCAUCUUGACAGACGACACAAUCUUGUAUCCAACAGACGACACAAUCCUGUAA